AUGCACAAGCCACUGUGGUUCGAGAAGGUAGUUGACGAAGACACGGGUCUGGCGACCAUGAAGUUUAAUGGAAAAUACUGGAAAUGCAAAGAAAAAAACGACUGGUCUAUGUGUCCUGAUCUCUACUAA